UGCAGCGAGCAGCCCUUCCUGCCUUUGCCUCUGCCUCAGUUUCCACAUCCGCGAUGGGAGUGUGGACUCCUGCUCUCUGAGUGCCUGACGUGGCGUCUGGGGAGUCCUGCUCAAGUAGAAGCGCUGGAGGGAAAGCGUAGCUUGAAGUCAAUGGCCCAAAAUGACUCUGCUAGUGGAGCUUCACUUCCGUAAGGAGAAAGACCAGGUCAGAGGCUGGGAUGAGCAUGCCACUGCACCAGAUCUCUGCCAUCCCGUCUCAGGAUGCCACUUCUGCUAGAGUCUACAGAGGCAAGACCAAAGAUAAGGAGCGGGAGCAGAAUGAGAAGACAUUGGGACAUUCCAUGAGUCAUCCAAGCAACAUUUCUAAGGCUGGGAGCAGUCCUCCAUCCACGACGGCUCCAGUGUCUUCCUUCUCUCGCACUUCUGUCACACCAUCCAACCAGGACAUCUGCAGUUCCAGUGCAGUGUUUUCUGAGUGUUGUCACUACAGUCCUGUGCAGUCUGCUGUUGUCUUGAAAGCUCCUCCAUGCCAGAGUUCUCUGACCCAAGGGCUCACUGUGACAGUUAUCUGUAAAGACACAUUACAGGCAUCAAAGAGAAAUCCUUUUGGUUCAGACUGGGACCAAGCCUUGAGGCCUUCUAAGAAUACUAAGGCCCGAAGAGCACUCAGAUUCUCAAAGUCACUAAGUGAUGUGGGUGUGAAGACCCAGGAUACUUUGGAAAGCUUUGACUAUAUGGAAAGAACUUGUUCUGAAGGGAAAUUGGUGCUUCCUCAAGGUCCAUCUCUCAAAAAGAACAGGCUCCAUCAUAAAGAAAAAAGAGUGGAGCAUUGCCCACCCCUCGACCAUUCCAAACACUCUUGCGUCUUAGCCCCUUCCAUCAACCAUUCAGCUGCCUCAAAGAGGGAAGCUGGCAAGGGGAGCGUGCGCAUCCCACUUUUGGAGGAGAAAGCUGAUGGUGAGACCAGGUUGAGAAGCCAGCGACUGCUCCGGUACCUAUUCUCGCUCUCCCGUGGCUCAAGUGCCAGCAGCCUGCAUAGAUUUCAUGAGCUGGAGAGCCAUGCCAGCCGUCUGCAUACUGCUAAGUCCUCCAGCUGGCUGGCAGAGAGCACGGACUUCUGUUCUGAUGAAAUGGGAGAUGACGACGUCUUUGAGGAUACAUUGUCUGCCAAACUGAAGAGCAGGGUCCUGCGUGCGCCCCUCUGUUCAGUAGAGAAGGACAGUGACCUGGAUUGUCCUUCUCCGCCCUCUGAAAAAUGCACUCCCACCUCUCCUGUGUCCACCUCAGGGGAUGCCUGCAGGAUCUGCCACUGUGAAGGAGAUGACGAGAGCCCUCUGAUCACUCCCUGUCACUGCACAGGAAGCCUCCAUUUUGUGCAUCAGGCUUGCCUGCAGCAGUGGAUCAAGAGUUCUGACACACGCUGCUGUGAACUCUGCAAGUACGAGUUCAUCAUGGAGACCAAGCUGAAACCUUUGAGGAAAUGGGAGAGGUUGCAGAUGACCGCCAGUGAGCGCAGGAAGAUCAUGUGCUCAGUGACAUUUCAUGUCAUUGCUAUCACCUGUGUAGUCUGGUCCUUAUAUGUACUCAUUGACCGAACAGCAGAGGAGAUCAAGCAGGGUCAGGUGACAGGAAUCCUAGAGUGGCCUUUCUGGACUAAGCUGGUAGUUGUGGCCAUCGGCUUCACCGGAGGACUUCUCUUUAUGUAUGUUCAGUGCAAGGUGUAUCUACAAUUAUGGAAAAGACUCAAGGCUUAUAAUAGAGUGAUUUAUGUUCAAAACUGUCCAGAAACAAGUAAAAAGAAUAUUUUUGAAAAGUCUGCAUUAACAGAGCCCACCCUUGAAAAUAAAGAAGGACAUGGAAUGUGUCAUUCCACCACAAAUUCUUCUUGCACAGAGCCUGAAGACACUGGAGCAGAAAUUAUUAAUGUCUGACAGUGUGGAGGGUAUUAUUUCCUUGAUGUCCACCAAGAGCUGAAGGAAUUUGUUUACUGCCAAUUGUGUUCCUUCCUUCUGUCAUUUAAUAGCAUAGACUGGGCAGGUGACUAUUUAUAGUGGCCUCUCUUUUUCUCAACCCUCCUUGGUGUGAAUAUCCUAGAACUCUUGUGGGGCAGGCGCCACUGGGUUCCGUUCUGCCAGGGUUCUCUGGGCUGGGAAAGUGGGAGGUCCCAUGCAUCCAUGGUGAGUUCCAGCCUCUGCUCUCGAAAAGAAUAAGGAAGUAAAAAGCUAAACCAGAGGACAGAGCAGCAUGGGGGAGACUGGUGGGGAGUGAAUCCCCAGAGAACGAAGCAGCGUGGUACUUAGAGGGCUGCUGCUGAUGGGGGGGAUCCCUUCUCACUGAUAGAGAUAGGAGAUGGGAAGGGACCAGUGCCUAUCAGCAAAAACCUUGCCUCAUUUGGCUGAUGCUGCCACACUGCUCCAGGGCAGAUGAGGCCUUGGGGGCCCUGUGUCUGCUGGUGUGUGGGUCACUGAGCAAACAGCACUUUAUGAAAGUUUUAUUUUGGAGUUCCUAUGUCUAGAGGGAAUGGCACUUUAAAAGAGUGUCACAUUUAGAAAUGCUCUCUUUAUUGUCCCUGUUCUCUCUUUGCAUCAAAAUCAAACUGAAACCAUUUCUGCCUUAUAUAUUCUGAGUAGUAGAUGCCCUUCUGUGUCCAGAAAAGACUUGUCUUAAAGCAAAACCGACAGGUCUGAGACUCCAUGGCAAUUAAUGGAUGCUAAGGGUGUAAUUCCUCUGGUUUUGAGCCUGUUUCCUGACAAGUCUAUCUCACAAGCCCACCUAUACAUUUCUGUUUUGUCAGCAUUGAAAUGGAAGGGUUUUGAGAUCUGAUUGAUCCGAAUCAGGUUGAGUAUUUUAAAAAAUGCUCCUUUGACUAACAGAUGUCUCCAGAUGGAGAGGACACACAUUGUGGACAACCCCGUGAUCCACCUCUACUGCCUGACAAUGUUCUGUAGAGUCACUGCUGAGGGCUGGGAGGCGAACAGUCCAGCUCUGGGAUGAGGCCUUGGCAUGAUCAGUCAACUGCAUGGACCAUUGUGUCACUGACCUGGCCCACAACCCACUCAUUGCCUUAACCGGACUUGACAGGAUCAUUUAGGGUCUUUAGCUCCACCUGUGAUCUAUUCUGUCAUCAGGGUUACCUCCUACACUAUUUUUCACAAGACAGACAAAGCCAAAUCACCAUCAUUAAAUGGCCAUUGUUGCUUUAAAAGUCUGCUGAACAUUUUUUUCUUGAAGGCCAUUGCCACAGUGCCUGGCAAUAGUCAACUCAUAAUGUGACAAGAGGGACCCCAGAAGCAUACUCUCCAAGUGGCUGCUGUUGACUACAGGGUCUUCAGAGCCUCCUGAGGAGGGUGGUCCAAUGCCUAGGGUCCUGCCCAUCUCCCUGAACUUUGGCUGCUCCACUUAAUCUUCUUCAAAGACUGAGGCAAGCCCAAGAUGAAUCUUUUGUGGUUCCUAGUGGAAGCCCUGUGUUUAGUUUGCAGGGGCAGGUGGAGGCUGGAAGGCUUGUGGGAGCAGGUUUUGUCCUGUUAUCCCCUUGUCUCCUCUGGGGUCAUGGAGUUCAGUGGUUGAGCUGUUCUGCCAGGGCUUCCAGCCAUUAUCUAAUCAGCCCACCCCUUAGGUCAGCCUGCCCCCUCUCUCCCAGACCACAGAAGCCUCCCUGUGCUCCCUGUGCCCCAAAGUGCAAUUACUCACACACCUCCUCAGUCUGAGGACACCAGGCAGCUACAGACUGCACACCAGGGAGCUCUAACUCUAUUCUUCUGCAGCUGCUGCAGCUGAGUCCCUGGUCCUGUUCAUCUGCCCGUGACAUGAUGCUCCAACAGUGGGUGGGCAGUCACAUGAAGAUAGAGGUGGUUUUAAGUAUAAAGUCCCAACUGGCACUGAGGCUUCUGCAGAGAGGAGAGUGUACCUCAGUGGGGUUGUCCCUGCACAGCUACCCCAGGUGGCUUGUACCCUCAUAUAGAUAAGGUGACUUUAGAACCAUGGCUUAAUGCCAUUUCUUCUCUGGCUUCUCUGAUGAAAUCUGUCAUUCAUCCUUCUUCCCCUCCUAGUUCCCCUUGCUCGUUUUUCCUGCAGGUUCUCUGAUCUAGCAAGCAACUGUACCCAUUGGUGACUCAGUGCAGAAGACUUGCAAGGCAUGUGCCAUGAAACAUGCUGGCAGGGCUCUGGGUCUGCUCAGACUCUCCUAGUCCUUGUCUCUUUUCCCUCUGAGUAAAUUUUCAGGGUUAUCUGUCCAUCCCAUUUCUCCUCACUCUAAGCCUGGAUGUAUCUGGAAGAUGGCUUGUGGCUGAACCAAGCAACCAAGCAGAUCUAGGAUGAGGCUUCAGGGCCAGGAAGGCCCUGUGCUUGUGGGUCAAAUGAAGAAGGAAGUAGUCUGAGGUUGUCACUGCCAGCCCUUCUCUCUUAACUUGGCCUUUAUCCCCAUGUGUCAUAGACCCAUUAGCAUACCUUUGACUUUGGCUCCCACAAGUAAGUAGUUGGGGGUUGUGCUCAAGUUUAUUGCAGGAAUUUCCUGGAAAUGUUGUAAAAGUUCUCUUCUUACUCCAGGUCUCUGUCUCUCUCUUCUGGCUUCAGUAUACUCUUCAAUCAUGUAGGCCUAGUUUCCAAACCUGUGGGUAUGUCCUCCCGGACACAGAUGUGCAGGCUUCGGGCACUGAGGGCCAGGAUAAUCCAAGGCCUUGAGUAGUGUCUGAACAACCAGAGGCCAAAGGCUAUCUGGACAGGGUGAAGAGCUGGGACUAUGUGGGCGUGGUUAGAUGCACAUGAAUAUAUGCAAUACCACUUCAAAUCUGGCUUGAAAUGAGGCAGCUUAUAGCUGUAGCCCGAGGAAAGCCCAAAGCAGAGGAAGGUAAAAGCAUCUGUCUUUGUGUUAGAAAUGAUCGAUGAAGGUGUGUAACUGGUGCACAUUUAGAUGCAAUGUUUAAAGCUGAUUGUUAAUAAAAACCAAAUUUACACUGGUGUGUGUAGUGUAGUUUCUAAAAAGCACUUCACAUUUUAAAUUUUUCCUAGAAAAUUUCUAGUAAUCUAAAUGUCUAAUUUUUUAAUCCUUUUGUGUAUGUUCAGUUUCUCAGUAUUACCGCUUAAAUAAUUCUCUGUACAGGACAUUUGUUUGUGCUAUACACGGGGUGUCUAAAGGUAGCAAUAAAGCCUUUCUUUACAAAGAAA